ACAAUUAUUAUUUCAAAAAAAACAAAACAAUUAUCAACCACCGCUGCCAGUACUGAUUCUUCUCCGUCGACCGUCCCCGCCGCGACUUAACUCAUUCUCGCCGCUACUGUACGCCGACGCUGUAGCUUCUUCCCGCCAACUCCCUCGCCGCUUCUGCCAGUGCAUACUUAAAGCACCUAAAUGAGCUGAAGACGAACCGAGCUCGGUCUCGGCUUGUUUCUAGUUCAUUUUGAUACUAAACAAGCCGAGCUCGAGUUGACUCGUAGCUUGUUUAUUUAAAUGCUAACGGAUGAGGCACUUGCUGAGUCUCGGGUGAGCUUGAGCCUAGAAGCGAACCAAACUCGAGCGCAGAUACUCAAAUCUCGAAUCACGCUUGAGCCAGAUAUGAUUUUUUUCGCCAUUUAGCAACAUAUCUAAUUGCAACAGGAAAUGGCCGGUCAAUCGAACUCACAACUCUCGCUUUUUUCUCCCGAAGAGGUAGAGUUUAUGGCAGAAGACGAAUUAGUAGAAAUUGUUCCAAAUUUAAAAAUGGAUUCUCUCAAUUUCAUAUCUGGGGAUUAUGGUCCAUUUUAUCCGCAAAUAGCUGCUCAAGUACCAUUGUGGUUAGCACUAGCUUUAAAGAAGCGUGGAAAAUGCACAAUUCGACCGCCUCAAUGGAUGUCAAUCGAAAAUUUGACACAGGUUUUGGAAAGCGAACGUGAUUCUCAUGCAUUUCAGCCAUUGCCCUUUCAUUAUGUGGAAAUCUCCAGGCUUCUUUUUGACCAUGCACGUGAUGACAUUUCUGAUGUAUACAUAGUGCGAUCACUUACUGAGGACAUCAGAGACGUAAGGUUCCAUAAAGUGGAGACCAAUUUAGAGAAGUUUACUGCAUCAACAGUGACGUGGAAAAAUAUGUCUGCAAUGGAAGUGAAUAUAAUCCGUGCGUUUGCUGGGAGAGCGUUGCAGGCAUUUUACAAGCAUGAGGAUGAACAGGUCAUGGCGGAUUCAGAUAGAACACAAGACCGGCAGCAGCAAGUACCUAGUGUCAGGCAAAAACGAAAUCUGAAGCCUAGAUGAUUAGUCAUCAGUAUCCAUUAAACAUCUUUUUCAUCGGAACCUGAGAACGACUUUGGUAUGACACUACUGAAGAUACUUAUGUUGUUUUUGAUCUCGUUCCUUUGCUUGUUACAGUAAUGAAAUGACAUAAUCACUGUUGAUAGAUUUAUUUUGUGGUGAUCUUAUGGGAUCAAAACCCAGAAAACUGUCUGUUUAUGUAGGAAAAAGAAUCAACGAAAAUUGGAAAACAGAAGUUUGGUUUUUGUCGAA